AUGGUAUUAGUAAGAGAAUUUCGUGUAAUUUUACCAUUGACCGUUGAGGAGUAUCGUGUUGGUCAAUUAUUUUCGGUUGCCAAGACCAGUCAACAAGAGACUUCAGGUGGUGAAGGUGUAGAAGUACUAAAGAAUGAGCCAUACAAGGACGAUCAAAAUGAAGGUCAAUACACUGAGAAAAUCUACCAUUUGGGAGCUCGUUUACCAGGUUGGAUCAGAGCAUUGAUUCCAUCGAGUGCAUUGAAAUUAGAAGAGAAGGCAUGGAAUGCUUACCCAUAUUGCAAAACCGUUUUGAAAUCACCAUUCUUGGGUGAGAAAUUCACUUUUAUCAUUGAAUCACGUCAUGCUCAAGACAAUGGAACUCAAGAAAAUAUUCACAACCUCCCAGAAAAGGAUUUAAAAAAUAGAGAAGUAGAGUUUGUUGAUAUCACCAAUCCAGUAGACAAAAAAGAGUACAAGCCAGAGGAAGACCCAACUUUGGUUAGAUCUGAAAAAGCAAAUCGUGGUCCAUUAAAGCAUGGUUCUUGGAGAAUUGAGCGUGAUCUCUUUAUGAAGUUCCAUCGUCAAGUAUAUUGUUGGAUGGACGAGUGGUUCGGUUGGACAAUGGAAGAUGUUAGACAGUUUGAGGCAAAGACCAAAGAGAAUCUCGACAAGAAAUUGGCAUCUGGAGAGACCGAUCCAAAUGCUUCAAAGAUUUCUGAUUAA